AUGGUUGAAUUUUUUUUUCUGGAUUAUUAUUUUUUAAAUAAUAUAUUUUAUUUUAUUGGAAAACGGCAUUUAAGUCAUCGAAUAACACGAAAACCACCACAAAUGACAUUAACAACUACUGUAACAGUUGCUGUUGCGCAAGAAGUUUUACUUUCUGUUCCUUUAAAUGAUUAUAAUAAUAUUUCAAAUCAAUCUGAAAUAGCAAUGGUAACAAGUCCAUUAUCAGAAGAAGUUGUACAAACCCGACGAACAACAGUAUCAGAAGAAGAAGCACCAAAAGAUGUAGAAAAUAUUGAAAAUGUUAAUGAAACAACAUUGGAAAAUGAAGAAAAAGAAUUAGCUUAUGGCAUUUAA